AUGCCCUGUUACGCAGAUACGAUCAUAAAAAUUAAACAUGCCAAACGUAAUGAAAAAGAAGACGUGAAAGUACCUUCGGUAUGGGCUCUUGUAACAUACCCACCAGGUCAUAAUGAUAAAGAAAUUGAAGUGACUCUAUUUUUGCCAAUCAAUCAAGAUGAACGAGACCCAGAAUUACAGGCAAUUUUUAAAAGAGAUGAAUACUAUUCAGUUGGAGGAAAAAUCGUACCUGGAUCCUAUAAUGGAAAAAUUAAACCAAAAAUGACUGUUGCUGUUUCAACACACAUAACAAUUGUUGAUAAGGUUCUAACCUCGAAUAAAUGCCCUCUGAAAACUUCUUUAAUAGGAAUUCCCCAAGAAAUGCCAAUUGAAAUUAGAAACACUUAUAUCUGA